AUGCUCGACGCCAGGUCCUACCCGCUGCUGGUCGGCCUGAUCGUGUUGGUCUGGCUUGCCCGGCCAACCCACGCCUUCGGAGCUGGUAACAUUGCCAGCAUCUCCAAGAUUGAGGGCCAGAACUGGCGCCACGGUGACAUCGAAGAUGCUCUCCUCACCCUCGCCAUGGCCCGCGCCAUGAACGGCAAGAAGUUCAGCAAGAUGAUGGUCUCCCGUGUCUACUUCGGCAACUGGCUCAGAGAUUACUCCCAGGCCAUUGACGUCGGUACCGUCAAGUCUGUCUCCGCCGAGGCCAUCCGCCUGCUCCUCUGCGUCCUGGGCUUCCUGAGCUUCGGCUACGGAUCCAGGGAGUUCGAGGUUACCGCCGACAGAUUGGGCUGCUACCGCCCCGAGGACCACAUCGACAACCCCAAGAACUACGCCGACAACGCCGACGCUCGCCAGUACGACCGUCGCCUGAGAGGCCCCGUCGAUGAGGGUGUCGAGCUCGCAAUUGACGAGCGCACUGGCAUGAAGAACUACAUCGCGAACGAGCAGGCCGGUAUCAUGACCUCCGCCGAGCACGUCCGCAAGCUGUUUGGAAAGUGCAUCGAGCUCGCCCGAGGAUACGCCCGCAACAAGAAUGAGGCCGAUCUUUACGAGGCGAUGCGCUUGAUGGGUACUGGUCUGCACUGCUUGGAGGACUUCUUUGCCCACAGCAACUACACCGAGCUUGCCCUCAUCGAGAUGGGUGAGCGCGACGUCUUCCCCCACGUCGGCCGUGACACUCGCAUCAGACUUGAUGGAGCUAGAGACGAGGUCUACCCGAUUGUCACCGGUACUUUCGGCGGUGUUGACUUCCUCCACUCCGUCACUGGCGAAGUCUCUGACAAGCUGACCCAGAACGAAAUUGAGGAGCUCGAGGGUACCCUUCAAGAGAGCCAGAACAACGACACUAGCGUUCUGCGCAACCUGCUGGACAUGAUUCCCGAUGGUAUCUUUGGCGGUAAGCACCAAAGCAACCGGGUGGACGAGCUCCAGAGCAGCGCCACCGAGUCGCAGCUUCAGAACAUGCAGGUCUCCCCCAGAGACCCCGAGGAGUUCACCGUGUACAUCCAGAAUGUUUUUAAGCAGAUCAUGCCGGCGAUUGAGUUCCACGACGAGAUUCUGCAGGGCAUCACCGAGGCCGUGGAGAAGAUUCCCGUCCUGCCCAAGAUCCUGGAGCAGCUCGAGGAGCAGCUGUCCAAGUUUGUCUUCUCCCUCAUUGCUCCCUUCAUCAUUCCCGUCAUCAACCAGAUCCGCAACGAGCUGCGCACUGGUUCUGCCGAGAUCAUUGAGAGCAGUGAGAAGGAGCAGCAUGUCGUCUUCGACGAUGACCGCUGCUCUGACCCCACCCACUCGAUGUUGUCCAAGGACCACUUCACCAACAUCCUCAACGAGAUCGCCGGUCGCUGCGCUGCUUUGACUGUUCAGUGGGUCGUGCCUCAGUUGAUGGAGGCCAUCGACGAUGAUGGUGCUGAUGUUAACCGCAUCCUCAACCGUAUCAUCUUCGGUGUCAUGCACCACCCCGCCCAGCGCGACAUGGGCGAUGACGGCGCCAGGGAGGGACGCCAGAAGAUCUUCCAGUUCGUCGAGGAGUGGUGGAACAACAUGGACAGAAACCAGCAGGACGACUACCGCCGCAAGUUGAGCCGCGACGGCGUCCAGCGCGGAGAGAACCACAGGGAGGGUGUUCAUGACACCGGCCACGGCCACGGUUGCAGCGGAAAGCUCCACAUGCGCAAGCAGUUCGGUGAGCCCAAGAACUGGGAGGACAAGGUCGCCGACCAGGCUGCCGGCGCCCUCCUGGAGGGCGCUUCCGGUGCCAUUGCCGGCCUCGUGCAGCAGCAGUCUGGCGUUAAGAUUCCCCAGUACAAGCACCAGCAGGACGAGGAAGAGUCGAGCGGUGGCGGUGGUGCCGGUGGACUCAUCGGAUCCAUCCUGGGCGGUGUCUUUAAGAAGGACGAGAAGGAGACUCGCCACAGCGAGCGCCGCGAUGACGAGGGCAACUACACGCAGACUCAGACUGAGUACGGCCACCACGGUAACAAGUAUGGCCAGGCUGAGUACAGCGAGACCCAAUACUCCGGCGGUGGAGGUCGCUCCGAGUACCGCCGUUACGAGCAGGAAGACAGUCACGGCGGCCGUCAGACCAGCGGCUACGAGUACCAGGAGACCACGGAAACCAGACCUUCAUACGGUGGUGGAUACGAGCAGCGCACCGAGACUCACCGUUAUGAGGGUAACACCGAGUCUGGCCGCCGACGCGACGAUGACGAGGGCGGCUACGGCGGUCGUCGUCAAGAGGAGAGCUACGGUGGUGGCGGCGGAGGCUACGGAGGUGGCCGACGUGAUGAUGAGGGUGGCUACGGUGGUGGCCGUCGUCACGAGGAGAGCAGCUACGGCCGCCAGGAGGAGAGGUAUGGUGGUGGCUACGGCGGCGGACGUCGCCAGGAGGAAAGCUACGGAGGCGGUCGUCGCGAGGAUGAGGGUGGCUACGGUGGUCGCCGUCAAGAGGACAGCUACGGAGGUGGCGGUGGCUACGGCGGCCGUCAAGAGGAGAGCUACGGCGGUGGCGGCGGCUACGGAGGUGGUCGCCGCGAAGACGAAGGCGGCUACGGUGGUCGCCAGGAAGGUGGCUACGGCGGUCGUCAGGAGGACAGCUACGGAGGUCGACGCCGCGACGAUGACGAUGAGCGUCGUGAGGGUGGUGGCGGCGGCUUCGGCGAGUUCAUCGGCAAGGUUGCCGAGAGCUUCGGCGACAACAACAACAACAACCGCAGAUGGUAG